UCUACGCGCUUCUCUAUGCAAGCGCGUGUCUGUCUCUCAGACCUUCACCAACAUAAGACACAGGAAUCUCCUGCUGACAUUUAAAACAAGCAUCCUUAAGGUUUGUCCGAUCAAACCCAAACCAUGGGAAUCACCUUCUGUGUUUAAACCGGACGCAAAGAGAGAAGUAUAAUCCACAAAAGCGGAUAAGAUGCUAAAUGACCACCGAGCUUUGUGAAGAACAAGGAAUUAAAAAGAGGAGAUGAAUGGAGCCGUCGCCCACACAGAGAGACAGAGUGUGAGUGAAGGUCGGUCUUAUUGUUUUUCCCCUCGUGGCAAACAUUGUGACUAAUAAAGACGCAAGGCACUAUGAGUGGCCGUAUCUGGGCAGCGUUGCUCUUUCUGUGCAUCUGCUUUGAGCUUGGGGGAAGUAGUACUCAUUUGAGAAGAUGGAAGAGAGAGGAGCGUUUGCCAACUGCAAGGAAAGACAGUCAGGAAGAAGGUCUAGAACAAAGCGAGAUGACAUUUGCCAACAAAGCAGGAACACCACAUUUGCGAUUAGCAUGGAAAAAUAAGGAUAAUGUGAGGAUCUUACAAAGCAACAAAGAUGCUAUGGAGUCUGUAUCAGGACUGCGUCAUGCACAGAUUAAAGAAAUUGCAAAGAGUGGAGCUGAAAUCUCAGUGACUCCUGUUUCUGACACAAGUGUGAACGCAGAUUCUACUUCACUUUUUAUGCAUAGUUAUCAACCUAAAUCUAAAGAUGUCACAGAAAACACCAAGACACAAACAGUAUCAUAUAAUAGCCAGGACUUCAGAAUAUCUGUAGUUGAAAUUGGAGUGACUCCGGUUUCGUUGUCUGAAACAAGUGUGAACACAGAUUCUAAUCCAGAUAUUAAAUAUAACCAUUAUCUCAAAUCCAAACUUAUUCCAGAAAUCAGAAAGACAACUGUAUCAUAUAAUAACCAGGACUUCAGAAUAUCUAGAAUAUCUGAAGUUGAAACUGAAGUGACUCCGGUUUCCUUGUCUAAAACAAGUGUGAACACAGAUUCUAAUCUAGAUGUUUUAAGUAAUUAUGAUGCCAAAUCCAAAGAUAUCCCUGAAAUUACCAAGACAACUGUAGCAUAUAAUAGCCAACACUCCAAACUAUCUGAAAUAUCUCAAGAUCAAUUUGUUCCCCCUAAAUUUACUCCAUCAGGACAGAAAAUGGUAUUUUCUGGUGCAAGUGUGAACACAGAUUCUGCUCCACAUUUUAUUCAUAAUUAUAAUUCCAAAUUCAAAGAUGUACCAGAAAUCCCAAAGACAACAGUAUCAUAUAAUAGCCAGAAUUUUAGAUAUUCUAGAUAUUCUGAAGUUGAAAUUGGAGUGACUCCAGUUUCCUUGUCUAAAACAAGUGUGGACACAGAUAUUGUAAGUAAUCAUGAUCCCAAAUCCAAAGAUAUUCCAGAAAUUAGCAAGAUAACUGUUGCAAAUAAUAGCCAGGAUUCCAAACUAUCUAAAAUAUAUCAAGGUCAUUUUGUUUUAUCUGAGUUAUCUCCUGCACUACGGGAAAUUGUAUCAAAACCGAAAAAAACCCAGGUUGAAGAAAUUGAAAGACGUGGAGCUGAAAUUGCAGUGACUCCGGUUUCUGAUGCAAGUGUGAAUGCAGAAUCUGCUCCAGAUUUUAUGCCCAAUUAUAAUCCCAAAUUCAAAGAUGUACCAGAAAUCACAAAGCCACCAGUAUCAUAUAAUAGCCAGGACUUCAGAAUAUCUAGAAUAUCUGAAGUUGAAAUUGGAGUGACUCCAGUUUCCUUGUCUGAAACAAGUGUGAACACAUAUUUUAAUCCAGAUGUUAUAAAUAAUCAUAAUUCCAAAUCCAAAAAUAUUUUAGAAAUCCUAAAGAAAACAUUACAAUAUCAUAGCCAGGACUUCAGAAUGUCUGCAAUAUCUCAGGUCAAAAUGGGAGCGACUCCAAGUCCCAGUGUGAAUACACAUUCUAAUACAGAUAUUUUUAGUAAUUAUGAUCCCAAAUCUAAAAUGAUCCCAGCAAUCACAAAGACAACAGUACCAUAUCAUAGCCAGGGCUUCAGAAUAUCUAGAAAAUCUCAAGUUGAAAUUGAAGCCACUCCAGAUUCGUUGUCUGACACAAGUGUGAAAACAGAUUCUAAUCCAGAUUUGAUAAGUAAUCAUUAUCCCAAAUCCACAAAUAUCCCAGAAAUCACAAAGACAACUGUAUCAACUUUUAGUCUGAACUCCAAAAUAUCUCAAGAUCGUUUUGUACCUUCUGAAUUAACUCCUGCAGUACAGGAUAUCAAGUCAGAAAAAACUGCAGUUAAAAUCAAAGUGACUCCAGUUUCAUGGUUUAACCCAAGUGUGAACACAGAUUCUACUCCACAUUUCACAAUUAAUUAUCCCAAAUCCAAAGAUAUCCCAAAAAUCACUCCAAUCAACUCCAAAAUAUCACAAUAUAGUCCUUUAGUUGAAGAAACUGAAUCUAACCAAGAUGAAAAACGACUACCACUUGCCAGUGCACUGGAUGGGCCAUCAGAUGCCAGUGGGAUCCCGCUGAAACCUCCAUCUGGGUUAAAUAACAAUGGACAGCAAGUGCAAACUAUAAUGAUGGGCAGCCAAGAUGCAGACAGCAGUGGGGAUUUCCACAGCACUCUUACUGGACCAAAUCUGGAUGAGAUGCCCUCACAAUCCCGUAGCCGAAGAAGCUGGAUAUGGAACCAGUUUUUUGUGAUUGAGGAAUAUAGUGGACCAGAACCGGUGCUAAUUGGACGGCUUCAUUCCAGUGUGGACAAGGGCGAUGGCCGGACCAAAUAUAUUUUAAAGGGCGAAGGGGCUGGAUCUGUGUUCGUCAUCGACAGCCGUACUGGGAACAUCCACGUCACCAAACCCUUAGACCGAGAGGAGAAGGACCAAUAUCGCCUUAUCGCCACUGCAACAGACCGGCAGACGGGUCGAGCCCUGGAGCCCUCGUCCCAGUUCAUCAUCCGCGUGCAGGACAUCAACGAUAAUCCACCGCUGUUCCAGAGCGGCCCCUACAGCGCCACCGUACCCGAGAUGGCCAACAUUGGCACAUCGGUUAUUCAAGUGACAGCCACAGAUGCUGAUGACCCAACCUAUGGGAGCAGCGCCAAACUGGUGUAUUCAGUGAUUCAAGGCCAGCAGUUCUUCACUGUGGACCCACAGUCAGGGAUCGUGCGCACGGCCGUGCCUGACAUGGACAGAGAGGCUCAGGCUCAGUACCAGGUGGUGCUUCAGGCCAGAGACAUGGGUGGCCAUCAGGGGGGCCUGACAGGGACCACCACCAUCACUGUGCACCUCAGUGACGUCAAUGACAACCCACCUCGCUUCACCCAGAGUAUGUGGUCAUUUUCAGUGUCUGAAUUGGCCGUCCCCGGGGUGGAGAUCGGUCGUCUUUCAGCCACAGAUGCAGACCUGGGUGAAAACGCACGGAUGGACUUCAUGAUCGUGGACGGAGAGUCUGGAGACACAUUCAACAUAACUGGGCUGAACCAGGAGGCUGUGAUUUUGUUAAACAAGGCUGUGGACUAUGAGAGGCGCAGCACGUACUCGCUCGCAGUGGAGGUGCAAAACCCCAAUGUGGACUCGCGCUUCCUCAGACGAGGCCCGUUUAAGGACCGGGCGAUGGUGCGAAUCACAGUCCUGAAUGCGGAUGAGCCGCCGAGGUUUUCCAGGUCUCGAUAUCGACUGGAUGUGUCUGAAAACUGUCCUCCAGCUUGUGUAGUAGGAAGAGUGACUGCCGUGGAUCCGGAUACCGGCCUCAGUAACAACAUAAAGUACUCGAUUGAUCCCGAGUCGGACCCCGAGGCUCUGUUCCGCAUCGCCUCUGACAAUGGCCUCAUCACCACGGCCAUGGAAUUGGAUCGAGAGCAGGAGCAAUGGCACAACAUUACUGUCAUCGCCACACAGAGAGACAGCCCCAACCAAGUGACCAGGGUGGCUGUUUCCAUCGAGACGCUGGACCUGAAUGACAACAGCCCAGAGCUGGAUAGACAGUACAACACAGCCGUGUGCGACUCCAGCACCGCCGGACAGGUGGUGCAGGUGAUUCGAGCAGUAGAUAAAGACCAAAGCAGCUCCAACUCUCCCAUUCACUUCAGUAUUCCUGCAGAAUCCAGCGGUUCCCUCAACUUCUCCAUCAGAGAGCGAGGAGACCACACUGCAAAUCUGGUGCUCUUGUCACCCCUGAAGGCUCUUCCUCGCUCUUCCUCUUUACCCACCCUAAAAAUACCCAUAAUGCUCCGUGACGAUACGUCAGACCUAAGCAGCACAGGAACUAUUACAGUUACGGUGUGUCCGUGUCAGAAUGGAGGGAUGUGGGCUGAGGAACAAAAACCACAAACAGACGACAAGGAUAAAACGUCAGUGGCGGACUGGGAGAAACAGACGGUGUGUUCACUGCUACCAUCAAACUCACCGCUGCUGGGAGUCAGUUCAGCUGCCAUGUUGGCCAUCCUGGCCUGUGCCUCCACUCUUCUAGUGGUGACGGCUCUCUCGCUAUCAUUGCGAAAGCAAAAACGGGACACUCAGUCUCCUGUGGAAGAUGAUGAGAUCCGGGAGAACAUCAUCACGUAUGACGAUGAGGGAGGAGGAGAGGCGGAUACAGCCGCUUUCGACAUUGCCGCGCUAAAGAGCGCCCCGCAGAGCAUGAGGAGGGUACAGCGCCUACAAAACACCAACAACAUGUAUUCUCAAGAUAACCUGGACAGCAUCAGAACUUUCAGCUGGGGUCAGAGUUUGGGUUUAGACCCGCGGCGUCCCGUUUCUGCACCGCUCUAUGGGAGAUACUGCUACAGCAUCCAGACUCUUCCAGCUCAGAGAAACAGAGCCGGACCCUUCAACUCCAGGCUGGACAUGGCCAAGUUGGCAUAUGUUCUGCCCACCAGCCAGAGCCAACCUGGCGGGCCUUUAGAGUGCGGUUCUGUGUUCAUCAGCAAGAGCAGAGAAGGCUCUGAAUGUAAAGGAGCAGACGGAUCCACCGACAGCAUCCCGAAGGAGAGCGAGGCAGGAAGUGAGGUCAUCUCUGAAAGCCACACGCUCAGCCAGGAUCAGUCUGUUCAUUCAGAUCAAGUUCUGUUCGUGAAGGGCUCCAGUCAGAGCGGCUCCUGUUCAGAGGCUUCCAGCUCAUCGGCGGGCCACAAACUAGAGUCGUCCCCUCACGGUUUAAAUACACGAGCCUCCAUUUCCACCAUCACCACAGACGACUCAACUCCUGUAUCAGCAGUGGACAAGAAUGGAGAUAUUACGCUCAUCAGCACCAGCCAGAGCUCAACCAGCCUCAGCACCACAGAUAUACCAUUCAGAACGAUGGAGGGAACGCUACUGAGAAAUGGUAGAGGAAUAGCUUUAAACACAACCACUCUUCUUUAUCCAGAAGCUGCCGCUGCCACUGCUGCUGCUGGGCUUAUGGGAUUAUAUGGAGUAAGUGGGCGGAACUAUGUGCCACAGUUAGUGAUGCCCCUCCCAGGUGGGGCGGGGCUUUAUGAAAGUAGAUGGGGCUUAGGGAAUGGGAAAGUUGGACAAGCGAGCUCAGAUAAAGCAUCCGCCGAUUCGUUGACAAAUCGAAUGGGCGAUUUCCUGCAACACCGUCUGGCGAUGGUGACCUUUGACCCCAUGCAGCCGCCGUAUGACUCGCUGCAGACGUACGGAUUGGAGGGUGGCGGCUCACAGGCCACGUCUCUCAGCUCGCUGGAAAGCGAGGCAGAAAAAGACACGCAGGGCCAGAAACACAGUUUUGAGGAAUGGGGACCCAAGUUUGACAGGUUGCUUGAUAUUUUUAGGGAACGAGCGACGGAAAAGGAGGAUAAUGCAAAGCAUGAGGGCGAACGUUUGAAGGGAGAGGAAACGAACAAGACAGAGGAUGAAAGUGAGACAGAAGUGCGAAAUGAGAUUACAAUUGAAUCGAAGGAGACACGUCAGGCUGAGGAGGAAAGCACGGAAGACACGGAGCAAACGCAAAACGGAAAGAGACACUAGAGAGGGAAUGGGAGGAUGUGAUGUCACAUCUUAAACGUUCUAAAGCAAUAAGUGCUGAAGGGAGAAAAUGAGCACAAUCUGGACAAAAGAGAAUUUUAUAUGGACCUGCCAAAAACCCAGUAUGUCAUUGUUGUAGAGGAGCUGAAGGUCUUAUGUAAGUCACUACUUGCUCAGUUUGACGCGCACACGCGGCGCUUACAAUUGUAAAAUACAAGGUCAUCUUUGUCUGCGUUUAUUUUCAGAUUUAGAUCUCAGAUUUUCAAACAGCUCUCUGACUUUUAUACCCAGAUGUUUUUUUUUUGUUGUUGUUUUUUUGAUGAUGAUUGAAUCUUGGUGGUGGCAUGGUGCCUUAGUGGUUAGCACUGUCGCCUCAUAGCUAGAAGAUUGCUGGUUUGAGUCCCAGCUGUGUCAGUUCAGCAUUUCUGUGUGGAGUUUGCAUGUUCUCCCUGUGUUCGCAUGGGUUUCCUAAUGGUGCUUCGGUUUCACCCACAGUCCAACGUUUGUUUAAAAUGAUAAAGAAAGGUCAAAAAGAUGCUAAUGAACAAUAUGUUCUGUUUACAGGAGACUGCUUGAUAGAUUACUUGGAUCAUGCAGAGAAUAUUAAUAUACCAGUUAUGACAUAAUCAGCCAAACUCCCUGUCCACCGUUUUUGGUAUGUUAAAAACAUAUUUUUCAAGAGUUCGCCCUUAGCUGACGAUUGAUUAUGGAGCUUGUUUGUCAUGCUGUCCCGGGAGAGAGCCCUGAGCUCAUGAGAUCCUCAAAACCUGGGGCUCCCCCGUUGCAGGGUGAUUGGGGAGUCCGAGUUCAGGUAGUAAUCGAGAACUCCCCUGCUUGAUAAUGUUGGAAGUAGAUUAUAAUGCUAAGAAGUGUCCAUGCUGUCAAUUUAGAUUUGUCGAUUUACUUAUGUUACAUGUUUUUGUCUAUG